GAGGCGCGCGCGACAGUGUGUGGAGUGGAGACGCGGCCCAGGCCAGAGUUACCGCGCUCCGCGAGUAACUGUUGUGAGAGUGACAUUCCUGGAGUAAAUUAAAUGGAGAAGAACUUAUCCUACAUCAUCAUCGCUGUUCUACGAAGAGCCUUGGGAACAUUCAUCUGUCUGCUGUGUGCUGUUUUAGGUGUCCUGUCAGUUUUAGGGUGAGUGUUGGUUCUGGAGAAAGCCCACCUCUGCUGAAGCCUGCAUUCCCAGGCAGCAGAACUGUGAGCUAGAGUGAAGCUGAAGUCUCAGGAUAUGAGCUCCGUUAUGGCCAUGAGUGAACCAAGGCUGAACUGGGAUGUCUCCUGUAAAAAUGGCCUUAAGACAUUUUUCUCUCGAGAAAAUUAUAAAGAUCAUUCCAUGGCUCCAAGUUUAAAAGAACUAUGCAUUUUAUCUAACAGGCGUAUGGGAGAAAAUUUGAGUGCCUCAGCAAGUUCUGUAGAAAAUGAGCCGGCAGUUAGUUCAGCAACUCAAGCAAAGGAAAAAGUUAAAACCACAGUUGGAAUGGUUCUUCUUCCAAAACCAAGAGUUCCUUAUCCUCGUUUCUCUCGUUUCUCGCAGAGAGAGCAGAGGACUUAUGUGGACUUGUUGAUUAAAUACGCAAAAAUUUCUGCUAAUUCCAAAGCUAUUGGAAUAAAUAAAAAUGACUACUUGCAGUACUUGGACAUGAAAAAACACGUGAAUGAAGAAGUUACUGAAUUCCUAAAGUUUUUACAGAAUUCUGCAAAGAAAUGUGCACAGGAUUAUAAUAUGCUUUCUGAUGAUGCACGUCUCUUCACAGAGAAAAUUUUAAGAGCAUGCACUGACCAAGUGAAAAAGUAUCCAGAAUUCUAUACUCUCCAUGAAGUCACCAGCUUAAUGGGAUUCUUCCCAUUCAGAAUAGAGAUGGGACUAAAGUUAGAAAAAACUCUCCUUGCAUUGGGUAGUGUGAAAUAUGUGAAAACAGUAUUUCCCUCAAUGCCUGCAAAGUUGCAGCUCUCAAAAGAUAAUACAUCUACCAUUGAGACACCAGAAGAAACAGCUACAGCUAUGCAUUACGAUAUUAGUAAAGAUCCAAAUGCAGAGAAGCUUGUUUCAAGAUACCACCCUCAGAUAGCUCUAACUAGUCAAUCAUUAUUUGCCUUAUUAAAUAAUCAUGGACCAGACUACAAGGAACAGUGGGAAAUUCCAGUGUCUAUUCAAGUAAUACCUGUUGCAGGUUCAAAACCAGUUAAAGUAAUUUAUAUUAAUUCACCACUUCCCCAAAAGAAAAUGACAAUGAGAGAGAGAAAUCAAAUCUUCCAUGAAGUUCCAUUAAAAUUCAUGAUGUCCAAAAAUACAUCUGUUCCAGUCUCUGCAGUAUUUAUGGACAAACCAGAAGAUUAUAUACCUGAAAUGGAUAUGUCUAAUGAAGUUAAUGAGUGCCGAAAAAUUGAGACCCUUGAAAAUCUGGAUCUGGAUUUUGAUGAUGACGUCACAGAACUUGAAACUUUUGGAGUAACCACCAGCAAACCAUCAAAGUCACCAAGUCCAGUAAGCACUUCCACGGUACCCAACAUGCCUAACACUCCCAUAGCCCCCAGUGUGGCAGCCACACCUGCGGCACCAACUGCGCCAGUGGACAUUUCUGCUCACUCUAGAAGUUUAUCUCAGAUUCUAAUGGAACAGUUGCAAAAGGAGAAACAGCUGGUGACUGGUGUGGAUGGUGGCCCUGAAGAGUGUAAAAAUAAAGAUGAUGAAGGAUUUGUACCAUGUGGUGAGAAGGCAUCGGAUAAUUCUGACAAGACGCAAGAUGGUGUCUUGAAAACAUCUGAUGCCUUGCAAUUAGAAAGUUCUGCAGAAAAUGAAACCUCUAAUAAAAAUGACAUGGUUACUGAUACUGUGUAUGCUGAUGAAAGACUAAAUGUUCUAGAGAACACAGACAAUUCAAAGGAAAAGACUGUUACAUCAGAAGCAGCAAAAACUGAAGAUGUGAUGCUUUGCAAUAGUGACACAGAUGAAGACUGUUUAAUCAUUGAUACAGAGUGUCAAAAGAAUAGCAAUGGAAAAACAGUUGAUGGGGGUUCUAAUUUAAGUUCUAAGCCAACCAGCCCAAAUUCUUCCUCAGGAAACCAGACUAAUGCUGCUUGUAGUCCUGAAGACUCCUGUGUUUUAAAAAAACCUAUCAAACGAGUAUACAAAAAAUUUGAUCCAGUUGGGGAAAUUUUAAAAAUGCAAGAUGAACUCUUAAAGCCAAUUUCCAGAAAAAUACCUGAAUUGCCCUUAAUGAAUACAGAAAAUUCUAAACAGCCUCCUGUUUCCGAACAACCCUCUGCCCCUUCAGAUGCCUCUAGUUGGCCAAAAACUUCAUGGCCUUCUGCGUUUCAGAAGCCAAAAGGACGAUUGCCAUAUGAACUUCAGGACUAUGUUGAAGAUACAUCAGAAUAUGUAGCUCCUCAGGAAGGAAAUUUUGUGUACAAGUUAUUUAGCCUGCAAGACCUGCUGUUACUUGUACGAUGCAGUGUCCAGAGGAUAGAGACCAGACCACGUUCUAAAAAAAGGAAGAAAAUCAGAAGACAAUUUCCAGUUUAUGUUCUACCAAAAGUAGAGUAUCAAGCUUGUUAUGGAGCUGAAGCUCUGACUGAAAGCGAAAUUUGUCGCUUAUGGACUGAAAGUUUAUUGCACUCCAACUGCUCAUUUUAUGUUGGUCAUAUCGAUGCAUUUACUUCAAAGCUUUUCUUGCUAGAAGAAAUUACCUCAGAAGAAUUAAAAGAAAAAGUUUCAGCACUCAAGAUUUCAAGUUUAUUUAACAUCCUCCAACACAUUCUAAAGAAAUUAAGUAGCUUGCAGGAGGGUUCCUACUUGUUGUCUCAUGCAGCAGAAGAUUCUUCCCUCCUGAUCUACAAGACCUCUGAUGGAAAAGUCACUAGGACAGCAUACAAUUUGCAUAAAACACAUUGCAGCCUCCCUGGUAUUCCCUCCAGUCUCUCAGUUCCCUGGGUUCCAUUAGAUCCCAGUCUAUUAUUACCGUAUCAUAUCCAUCACGGAAGAAUACCUUGCACUUUUCCACCAAAGUCACUAGGUCCCACAGUACAACAAAAGAUUAGUGGAACAAGAAUGCCUACACACAGCCGCAGGAAUCCAGUUUCCAUGGAAACCAAAAGCCUGCCUGCUCAGCAAGUUGAAAAUGAAGGAGUGGCUCCAAAUAAAAGGAAAAUAACUUAAGGACUCUACCAUGGAAAAUGAAGGAGAAGCAGUUAUAACAAUGUUCAGUUUAGAAGAGUUUGAGGGGAAAUACGCCUAAAAGAUCAGAAGACAAGAUGAACAUUUUUUUUUUAGUGUCCUUGAGAGUUCUUAGAGUGCCUUGAAAAAAUAUGUUGGCUGUGUGAAGAAAUGUUUCAGCUAAAAUGGAAUACUAUACUCUUAACUCUUGACUUUUAAGGAAAAUCUAGAUAUGGUUUAACAUGAUCAUGGCAGGGAAAUAUGUAGAAAAGAAAAUUAUUUUUAUAGUAGGCCUUUUCCAAAAAUUAUAAAUAGGAAAAUAAUUUGCUUUUUUUCAAGAGCAAUAUUUACUGUUGUGCAUUAUUUUAAUAACUUGAGUUAUAUAACCAGUCAGUUGCGAGGGAUUCAAAAUGUUAAUUCUUACCACUGUCAGAGAUAAUUUUGAGCAACAUGUUAACCUUGUUUCUGACCCACUGUGACAAGUUUUUUGCUGUUGUUGGGGUUUUUAUUGUUUGUUUUUGUUUUUAAUCCUCACCUGAGGAAAUGUUUAUUGAUCUUAGAGGGAGAGGCAGGGAGAGAGAAAGAAACAUUGAUAGAGAGAGAAACAUCAAUUGGUUGCUUCCCAUAAACAUCCCAACCAGGGAUUGAACCCACAACCUUUUGGUGCAUAACAUGGUGCUCCAGCCAGCUGAGCCACUUGACCAGGACUGGCAGUUGUUGUUGUUCUAUUACAAUUCUCCCAAUUUUGCCCAAUUGUGAUUCUUGUAGGUUAAUAAAGUUAAUACCUUUAAAAACUUGGUGAAAUUCCACUGCAGACUCUAAAAUUUAAAAUAAAAAGUUUCCUGCCUCUGAAAAGUUAAAAAAUUAAUAUUUUUUAAGAUUUUAUUUAUUUUUAUAGAGAGAGGAAGGGAGGUAGAAAGAGCAGGAGAGAAACAUCAAUGUGUUGUUGCCUCUCACACGCCCCCUUCUGGGGACCUGGCUCGCAUCCCAGGCAUGUGCCCUGACUGGAAAUUGUACUGAUGACCCUUGGUAUCACAGAACAGCACUCAAUCCACUGACUCACACCAAUCAGGGCCAAGUUAACAAUUUUCUGUUGGACAAUCAUUUGUUCAACAACAACAACAAUUUUUAUUGUGUUAUAGGUUUGGUGAUGAAUGCCUCUAUCUCUUGGCACAAAUUCCAGUUGCGUGCUACAAUAUGCUACUGAAAUCAAAGAGAGGAACAUGUUUUCCAGAAAUAAUAAGAAAAAUAUUAUUUCAACUGAUAAGGCUAAUGUGUGGUAAAACAUAGCUAUCUUUUCCUCAUCUAUACUGAUUAAUUUUUCAGGACCACAUCAAUGAAUUUGGAAAAAGGCAAUGAUCUGCUGAUGUUAAUGUAGCCAAUUUGGACUUAAGA